AGUAGUGACACGGUAUUACGAGAUAAACGACACGAAUGGUUUUCUUGCAUUUCGAAAUCGAUUGAUCUGACUACGUUAUCGCGAUCAGAAUCAACCUGUUCGCUAGUGGGCGGAACAUAACAACUGCGUAAAUAACAGUAUCCCCCUCGGCGGCUUGACAUGUGACCAGUUUAAAGUUUCACCGUAAUUCCCAUGCGCAAUAAUAAUUCGUUUCUUUGCACUCCUGCUGGCUAGUUUCGAGGCUGCGCGUUUCUAGGUUAUGUUGUGUUUACAUCAUCGCCCGAGCAAACGGACGUUCAAUCAUUUUUUACACGCUGCGGACGGUCCUCUUGAGACAGACUUUAGUGCGAAUACGGUAGUACGAAAUAUGAGAGAGCAAUUCAUGCAUCGUGUUCCACUUAGAAUACUAUUUAACAAUAUCCUACUACUACACAUCACUUCGCUAAUCUGAUAUACGGGCCAAGGUGUAAAAAGAUAGUGUAAUGAACGUAGGACUAUCUACAUACGAUGGUUUGGAGAAAGAGACAAGUUCUAAUAAUGGUUUGGAAAAUGGUGGGGGGGCUACGAAAAAACUAGCCAGAGGUAUAUCUCGAGCAACUGAAAAUGCAGCCAUUGUCUCUUACGCACGUUCUCAAUUAGCUACCAUUGGAUCUCUGGAUACUCCAGAAUUUACAUUUUCACUCCCUGAUCUAACUGUAUAUCCAGAUUCAUUUCGACAAUUUUUGGAAAAAGAUUUGAUAGAGGGUGGAUGCUUAACUUCUUUGGAAGCUGCUGGUCGUUUAAAUUGGUGGUGUGGAGGAUGUAAAAAUGGAAGUAACAGAGUUUUAUGGCCUUUGGCAACAUCAGGAGAUGGCAAUUGUCUUCUACAUGCAGCUUCUCUUGGCAUGUGGGGCUUUCACGAUAGACUUCUCACGCUCAGAGAAGCUCUGUAUAAUACCUUGGCUAAAGGAGAAUACAGACAUGCUUUGUUUAGAAGGUGGAAAUGGCGUCAAAUGGGCUUAAAUGCAGCUGCAGGAUUGUCUUAUACAGAGGCAGAAUGGUUAACAGAAUGGCAAGCCAUUGUAGAAAUGGCUUCUCCUAUUUUCAGGAAUCAAAACGCUACUUCCUACCAAAGUCUUGAAGAAGUACAUAUAUUAGCUUUGGCUCAUGCUCUGAAAAGGCCUAUAAUAGUUAUAGCGGAGACUAUGUUGAAAGAUGCGGAGGGCGUAGCUUUAGCACCAAUUCCAUUUGGUGGAGUCUAUUUACCGUUGGAGGUAUCUCCAUCGUGUUGUCACAGAACCCCAUUACUUUUAGCAUAUCAUUCGGCUCAUUUUUCUCCCCUUGUUAUUGUGGAUGGAGCGAAUGAUGUGGGAGACAGUUGUAACGAAGGCGUUAAUAUACCCCUUAUAGAUCCAGAUACAGGUCAAUUACUGCCAGUUUUAUUCGCGGUAGAUCCAGGACCUGAUUGGGAUUGGGAGGAAGGCUCUCGAGACUUAUUGAUUUGUCAACAAGAUACGAUGGAAAUUUUAUUACGACAAUAUUUAGACUGCGAAUAUCAAAAUUUUACCUCGGAAGAAAUUGAAAGACUGUCCAAUACCGACGGUUCACUUUCUAAAACGGCGAAACAACUGCUUGGCGUGGCUAAACAAUUUGGAUCAAUCGGAAAGUCCGUUAGUAAAAGACUGUGGUCUAUAACGAAGAGACCCAAGAGUUUGCCAGCAACGGCAGGUGGACUUUCAUCGGAAGGUUUAUUAUGCGUGAGGAUUAGAAGCAGACGUCACCAAUACGUGGAUCAGAUGCUUCAGAAUUAUCUUCAAUGUGCUCAUGCGAGAUUCCUACAAGAUCAUAAAGUUGACGAUACAGGGAGCGAAAUGAAUUAUGGUGCUGGCAAAUCUAAAUUUUAUGCUGCCAGCGAUCGAGACAGCCAUGCGAGCGUGAGCAAAUUAUUACCGACCAAUCCAAAUAAAGAUCGUACACUUUAUCUUUCAAGAUCUACUUUUUACAAUGACCAACCCUCAUCUGGGUCAGUUAAACAGGGGCCAGAAUUAUGGAAUAGCGAUAGUUUGGGGGCUGCUGUUAAAGAGUGUCGCAAUGAGGAGUGUCAAUUUUUCGGUUCUGCGGAAAAUGAUUACUACUGCUCACAGUGUUGGGCGAAUCGACGUUAUCGUUGAGAAAUUGCUUUCAGCGAUAUAUGACAAUAAUUCUUCAAUACUACUCGAAUUAAAUGAGAUAUAAUCGGAUUUAGGCAUAACACUACCCAUUUUAAAGUGUUGCUUAAGGAGAAAAAAAAAAGAAUUGUCUCGCCAGAUUUUCUUCUUCCUGCUAUGUUAAUCCAUUCUCUUUGACUUUUUAUUUAAAGUUGGUUAACAUACCAAUGAUUCUCGUAUAUUGCGACAAUAAGAAUGCUUUGAGAACGCGUGUGCAUGCACUUGUCAUCUAAUUGUUCUCCAUACACGUUUCUUAGUUUCUUUUUUUAUUUAUUAGUAUUCAUUUUUCUGAGAAGCAUAUCAGAUAUACAGGGUUAUUAGUUACUAUCUGUCUCUUGAACAUAUAAAAUACCAUUCAUAUAUAGCUUAUAAGUCCAAACCAUUUUAAGUAGCAAAAAAAAAAAAAGAACAAAAUUAUAUUUUCACAAGUGACGAUACACUUUCAUUACCAUGACAAGUGAAUAAUUCCCGACUUUUUUGCAUGUGCCUUCUAUCUCACAUAAUACAGAAAUGAUAUAUAUGUAUACAAAGAUGACGAUAAUACUCGAUAUUCAACGCAACGAUGAAAAAGCUGUUUUCUGUCGCAACUGUCCCUAUCGCUUUUAAUACAAAAUGCUUUGUAAGAAUUAAUGUCGCUUUAUUGGCUCACCGAUUGCUUCGGUGAGCUUAUCUAAGAAAGCGUGGGUUCGAUACAUGAAUUUGUAUCAAAUUGUUCAUUGUAUUCAGUCUCGUUGUCUGUUGGCAAUUGUUUCUGCAAAAUUGUGUGCGAAAUAAAACAUAUUUUUAUA